UUUCUUUUUUUUUUUUUUUUUUUUUCAUGUAUCGCCAUCCUCAUUCCUCCUCUUCUUUUUCUUUUUUUUUUCCCCAAGUAUUUAUCACCAGCUUCAUUUUUUUUUUAGGUACCAUUCCCAGCAGCGUCCUUGAGUUUGAGAAAGUAAGUUCCAGGUUCCCGUUUCUUCAUUCCUCUUCUUUGAAUUCCAGUUUUUUUGAAGUAUUUCUUUCAUUUUUACACAUUCAAAGUGAGAUAAAAAUGAUAUUUUUACACAUUUUUAAGGGAUAAAAUGUAUAUUUUCGUAAUGGCAGUAACUUUGGGAAUAAAAUGUCAUUUAAGUGAUAAAAAUGACAUCUAUGAGAUAAAAUGACAUUGUUACACAUUCUCAGAUUUUACACAUUCAGCAUACAAAUUUUACACAUUUGAUUAUAUAAUUUUGGUUUUGUAUAGAAUUGUUUUAUAUAUAUAUAUAUAUAUAUUUAUUAUUCUUAUAGUUAUAAUCAAGAUGGAACCGUGUCGAUUAAUAUUUUCCGAGGAAGAACACAACAGUGAGGGUCCUAACACUCCACGAGACCAACAAGAGCAAACUGGAUCUCAGUAUACCAAGAAUCAAAAGGUUGAAGAACCGAAGGUUGAUAUGAUAUUUGAGACUCAAUCAGAUGUUAUUGAAUACUACACAAAAUAUGCCAAACAAGAGGGAUUUGGAGUGUCGAAAAGAACAUCGACUACUGGAGAUUAUGGGGAGGUAAAAUAUUUCACCAUAGCAUGCAGUCGCCAUCAUAAGCCAAUAAGCAAGUCAUCAAAAGUUGAUCAGCCAAAACUGAUAGGAGGGACAGGUUGCAAGGCUAAGAUUAAUGUAAAGCAAAUAGCAGAUGGAAGGUAUCAGUUAUCCAAUGUUGUCAUCGAACAUAAUCAUGCAGUAAGCCCGAGUAUGUCAAGACAUAUUGCUUGCCAUAAAAAAUUGUCAAGUUGGUCAAAAAAAAUAAUUGAAAUGAUGGAUAAAGCCGGAAUCCGUCCGGCUAAAAAUUACAAAGCUAUACUUGUUGAAGGGGGUGGAUAUGAGAAUCUCACUUUUGGAGAGAAAAAGAGCAGGAAUCAUAUCAACAAAAUUCGUAAUGAGUUGCUUGGGAAGGAGAUGCAGAGCCAUUUCACAAGUAUUUGGUGCGGCAGCAAGAGAAAAAUAAUGGUUUUUUCUAUGCAAUGGAUCUAGAUGAAGAAGGGAGGUUGAGAAAUGUGUUUUGGGCGGAUGCCCGAAGUAGGGCAGCAUAUGAAUCAUUUGGAGAUGUCAUAACAUUUGACACAACGUAUUUGACAAAUAAAUAUAAAAUGCCAUUUGCCCCUUUUGUGGGAGUCAACCACCAUGGCCAAUCGAUACUUUUUGGAUGUGUCUUAUAUCAAACGAGGACACAGAUACAUUUGUGUGGUUAUUCGACUUGUGGUUGAGGUGUAUGUCAGGACGGGCUCCUAAUGCGAUUAUAACCGACCAAGAUAGGGCAAUGAAAGCGGCAAUAGCAAUUGUUUUUCCAAGAGCCAAGCAUAGAUUUUGUUUAUGGCACAUUUUAUUCAAAUUGCCUCA